AGACAUCCUGCUAGAGCUUGCUCCCUGCAGACUCGCUGACGUCACCGCAGCGGUCAGCUGGCAGUGUUAUCCAAGCAGGGAGGGUCCCGAUUAUUCCACACAGAACACAAGCAUCGUCACUGACCCAGCGCUUUAAUGGAAAUACAAAUCAGAAUGAAUAUGAAAUAAAAGCGAGGACGCGGACAGGGGGAAACGGGGAAAGCGUUUUUAUGUAUUUCUUUUGUUGUCCAUGUUUUGAUUGCAUGGUUGGGCGGCAGGUGCAUUACAGCCGAGGACAGAUUUCGUUGUUUUCUUUACAGUUUUUUUUAAAAAAAUCGUCAUUAAAAUGGACAGACACAUAUUGAUUAGAAUCGUUCCCGAAAUGGAUUAAAUUGAGUUUUGUUUGAUGUAAGACGGUACCGGUAGCAACGGGACGCAUCUUGCAAAAACAACGAAGGCAGCAUCCUGGCUAAGGGCAGGGCUGGGAUUGCUGUCUCCGCCUCUGCGUUCAAUCUAUUUAUUAUACUGAAUACACGAAAUAAAUGCACGUAGCUUUAAGAAUUCGGGUAUUUUGUAAUUAUUUGAGCAAAAUAAAAUAUUUAAUCGAGCUGCAGUUUAUAUAAAAUUGUAUAAUAAAUAAUUUAAAAACAAAAGAAACAAAAUAUUCCUAAUUGGUGUGGAUACAUUUUCUUCGCUGCACACUCUGAGUCCUAGCUAGCCCGCGGGCUGUCUCCCCCUGUGCUGUGUUGCUGCAGUGGAGAGCAGCGCCACAAAGCCGGACAAGAUGAUGGAGAUUCAGAUAGACGAGGUGGUGUACCAGGAUGACUACGGCUCUGUGUCAGUGAUGUCGGAGCGAGUGUCGGGCCUGGCGAACAGCAUCUACCGCGAGUUCGAGCGGCUGAUCUGUUGCUAUGACGAGGAGGUGGUGAAGGAGCUCAUGCCGCUGGUAGUGAACGUGCUCGAGAACCUGGACUCGGUGCUGACGGAGAACCAGGAGCACGAGGUGGAGCUCGAGCUGCUGAAGGAGGAUAACGAGCAGCUCCUCACACAGUACGAGAGGGAGAAGGCGCUGCGCAAGCAAGCGGAGGAGAAGUUCAUUGAGUUCGAGGAUGCCCUGGAGGGGGAGAAGAAGGACCUGCAGACCCAGGUGGAGGUGCUGGAGCUGCAGACCAGGCAGCUGGAACUCAAGACCAGGAACUAUGCUGACCAGAUGACCCGUCUGGAGGAGCGUGAGUCAGAGAUGAAGAAAGAUUACAACACCCUCCACCAGAGACACACAGAGAUGAUCCAGACAUAUGUGGAACACAUUGAGAGGUCCAAGAUGCAGGUUGGAACUAACAACCAGACUGACAGAGUUGGCAGCGGAAGAACUCAGCGCCACAAGUGGAGGAUAAGCAGAACGGAGCGACCUCCAUCACUCAACCUGUUCCCCAGCGCAGAGGGCAUGGAUGAUGAGUCUGAAUCGGGCCAGUCAUCUGCAGCCGCUACUCCCAGCACAACCGGAACCAAAUCCAACACACCCACUUCUUCUGUGCCCUCUGCCGCUGUCACGCCCAUCGAGACCCCAGCCUUCCAGCCAAUCAACGGCUUUGACAUCACUCAGAACAACAAGAAGGAGGGAGGAGCCAAGAGGCAGAGCAGGAACAUGGAGGUGCAGGUCUUUCCAGAUACCAAGAACGUUGGCAUAGGCGUUGGAUGUGUUGUUGGUGUCUCAGGGAUGGGCAGCAGUGACGAAUGGUGUGAUGUUCUCGAUCUCAUCGAUUCCACCCCAGAGCUCGACAUGGCCCCGGACCCCCGGCUCCAUCGCACUGGAAACAGCCCGACACAGGGGAUUGUAAACCAGGCUUUCGGUAUCAACACAGACUCGCUGUACCAUGAGAUCUUCACUGCCGGCUCGGAGGUUAUAGGGGAUGUGGAUGAGGGGGCCGACCUGCUUGGGAUGGGGAAAGAAGUGGAGAACCUUCUGAUAGAGAACACACAGCUUCUGGAGACCAAGAACGCCCUGAACAUCGUGAAGAAUGACCUGAUCGCCAAGGUGGAUGAGCUGUCGAGCGAGCAGGAGGUUCUGCGAGGGGAGCUGGAGGCUGUGAGACAGACCAAGAACAAGGUGGAGGGCAGGAUCAAGGAGCUGGAGGAGGAGCUCCGACGGGUGAAGGCAGAAGCUCUGGGUGCUCUGCAGGAGUCCAAAGACGAAGGCGUGGAAGAUUACUCUUCCCCGCUACAGGAUGACGUGCCCAUGACCCAGCGGCGGCGCUUCACUCGGAUAGAGAUGGCUCGCGUGCUCAUGGAGAGGAACCAGUACAAGGAGAGGCUGAUGGAGCUGCAGGAGGCUGUGCGAUGGACUGAGAUGAUCAGGGCCUCUCGUGAAAACCCCCAAAUGCAAGAGAAGAAAAAGUCUACCAUCUGGCAGUUUUUCGCCCGUCUCUUCAGCUCUUCCUCCAGCCCGCCCCCUGCCAAGCGGCCCUACACUGCGGUCAACAUCCACUACAAGUCCCCCACGCCAGCUGGAUUCCCCCAGCGCCACAACCACACCAUAUGCCAGAUCUCCACCACGGGCCGCACGCACCAGUUUUUCCCGGAGGACGACUGCGCACUGUCGGCCCGGCGAGAGCAGCGGCGUGAGCAGUACCGUCAGGUCCGAGAGCACAUGCGCAGCGACGACGGGCUCAUGCAGGCGUGCGGCUGGAGCCUGCCCCCGCGCUUCAAACAGACAGGCCCACCGGCAGAGCACUCGCAGGAGGGGCCACAGAAGAAACGGCAGCUGAGCCCCAACGGAGGUCAAGAGGACAACCGCAUGAAGAACGUGCCUGUGCCAGUGUACUGUCGCCCCCUAGUGGAGAAGGACCCAACCAGAAAGCUGUGGUGUGCUGCUGGAGUGGACCUGACAGGCUGGAGGCAUGCUGAGGAGAGUGUGGUCAACGGGCUGAAGACAUUGUCCAGCAGCUCUGACCCACUGACCGGGGAGGGAGAGGGGGAGGGGGAGGAGAGCAGGAGCAACCACAGCUCUCCUGAGAAGAAGAAGGUGAAGGAAGGUCCCGAGACAGACGCCCUGUCCAGUCGGGUGUGGAUCCUCACCAGCACACACUCCGCCAGCAAGGUGGUGAUCAUUGACGCCAACCAGCCUGGCUCACUGGUGGAUCAGUUCAACGUGUGCAACGCCCAUGUGCUGUGCAUCUCCAGUGUGCCAGCGGCCAGCGACAGUGACUACCCGGCUGGAGAGAUCUUCCUGGACCCAGGUGAGGGCGGCUCGGAGGAGGCAGGCGGGGUGGAGGGCAUGCUGGCCGGGAUCACCCUGGUGGGCUGUGCCACCCGCUGCAGUGUCGUCCGCAGCAACUGCUCCUCGCGCACAGACACACCCAUACUGGACAAGGGCCAGGCUCCGAUCAGCAGCAGCAAAAUCAACCUGUCCCAGUCUGCAGAGGAAGCUACUGAAGCUACAGAGGUGUCGGAGCCAACAGCCAGCGAGACGGUGCCGGUGUCAGCACGGCCCGGUCCAUUCACAGAGCACGUCUUCACUGACCCGGAGUCAGCCAGGCCAGGGGCCAGCGGGCAGGGCAGGGAGGCAGGGCAACCCAAGGAGGAGUCCAGCACAGUGACAUCACAAGAGCCAGAGGAGGCAGGGGAGGAGCCUGGUGCAGUCACAAGCUCCGCCCCCACCAUGUGGCUCGGGGCUCAGAACGGCUGGCUCUAUGUUCACUCUGCUGUGUCCAAUUGGAAGAAAUGCCUGCACUCAAUCAAGCUGAAGGACUCUGUUCUCAGCCUGGUACACGUGAAGGGCCGCGUGCUGGUGGCAUUAGCAGACGGGACACUGGCUAUCUUCCACAGAGCUGAAGACGGACAAUGGGACCUCAGUAACUACCACCUGAUGGACCUGGGCCGGCCUCACCACUCCAUCCGCUGCAUGGCCAUGGUCCACGACAGGGUGUGGUGCGGCUACAAGAACAAGAUCCACGUCAUCCAGCCCAAGACCAUGCAGAUCGAGAAAUCGUUCGACGCUCACCCGCGGCGGGAGAGCCAGGUCCGGCAGCUGGCGUGGAUUGGGGACGGGGUGUGGGUGUCGAUUCGACUGGACUCCACGCUGCGGCUCUACCACGCUCUCACGCACCAGCACCUGCAGGACGUGGACAUCGAGCCCUACGUCAGCAAGAUGCUGGGUACUGGAAAGCUGGGCUUCUCGUUUGUGCGAAUCACAGCUCUGCUGAUCGCAGGGAACCUGCUGUGGGUAGGGACAGGGAACGGAGUGGUGAUCUCUAUCCCUCUGACUGAGACUGUAGUCCUACACCGGGGACAGCUCCUGGGUCUGAGGGCCAAUAAGACAUCCCCUUCCUCCUUGGAGGGCGGCCGGUCGGGAGGAGUGAUCCACGUGUACGCCGAUGACAGCACGGAGCGCACGGCCGGGAGCUUCAUCCCUUACUGCUCCAUGGCCCAGGCGCAGCUCUGCUUCCACGGGCACCGGGACGCUGUCAAGUUCUUCGUGUCAGUGCCAGGCAACGUGCUGGCCACCCUGAAUGGAAGCGUUCUCGACAGCCCAACAGAAGCCCCUGGCUCCACAGCACCCCCUGAAGCCGACUCCCAGCGCCUGCACAACGUCCUGGUACUGAGUGGAGGAGAGGGCUACAUUGACUUCCGCAUUGGCGAUGGCGAGGAUGAUGAGACAGAGGAGGGAUCCAGCGAGGCUCCGCAGGUCAAAUCCACCCUGUCCAAGGCAGAGCGCAGCCACAUCAUCGUCUGGCAGGUGUCUUAUGUGCCAGAGUGAGGACAGACAGACACAGACAGAACUGCACCCCCUCCCCCAAAACAGCACCCUGCAUCCUACCACAAAAACAACAACACUGAGAAACCUGCUUCCACUGGAACCUCCCUGUCCCUUGUCCCCCGUUCCCCAUCCUCGUCCCCCCAGCCCAGCCCCCCAUACUUCCACUGGAACCUCCCUGUCCCCCGUCCCCCAUCCCCGUCCCCCCAGUCCAGCCCCCCAUGCUUCCACUGGAACCUCCCUGUCCCCCGUCCCCCGUCCCCCAUCCUCGUCCCCCCAGUCCGGCCCCCCAUGCUUCCACUGGAACCUCCCUGUCCCCUGUCCCUCAUCCCCGUCCCCCGAGUCCAGCCACCCAUGCUUCUGGUCUACAGGGGCUCGCCACGAACCUUGUAACAAAGCUAAUGAAGUUAAAAGGAACUUAAUACAAUGACAAACAACAUUGAGAAAGGUUUCCAGUCAAAAAGUUUGCCAUUGAAUUUAUUAUCACCUAGCUAUGAAAUCUUCUUGAAAGAUGCAAAGAAAUCAGUCCACUGUAUUGAAUCGUGGAGGGAUUUGUGAUGCUGAUGUCUGUUGGCUCUUUUCUGUCGGUGGAAUUGCCAGUCCAGUUUUAAAGCUGCUUUGUAGAGCAGGCUCUUUACCAGAUUUACUGUGGAGUGUCAAAAACCAGUUAGAAAGUUAACCGAAUAAUUCCAGAUUUGACCUCAUUUGCUUUGCUUUUUAGGUCUCACGUGUUCUUGUAUGAAAGAUGCACACAUUAUGGUAAAGGUGUAUAUGAGUGAAAACAUUAUUUUGUACAUUUUCUAGUACUUACGAGAGAGGCCACAGGGUGAAUGACUUUAGGCUGGUUUCACAGACCCUGAUUUGCACUGAUUUUGGAUUACUUUACCUAAAGUAACAUUAGGUAAUCCGAGAUUAACCCCUAAUCACGGUCUGUGAAACCAACCCUUAGUGUUUUCAAUGUCUCUGCAUUUAAGUGCAGGACUGAAAAAUGUACAAGAUUGUUUUUUUAUUUAUUAAUUCCAGAGGAAAAAAAACAAAACAUUAAAAAUGAAAUGUUUACGAUAAUGUGUGCAUGUUCAUACCUGAAAAUCCAUACAAAUUGACGGUAAUUUAAUUGUAAUAUUUACUGGAUUUGUUAGCUGUACCUCUGAAAGAUAACACAGCAGCCAAAGCCAUCCACAACCCUAACAACUGUAUAUAUUGUAUUAUUAUUUUAAAGUAUUUAUUUAUUGUUUUAAAAAGCAUUUAACAGAGUCGAUACCAAACCUCAAAACAAUAGUCAAGCAAACCAAAUGUAGGAAAUAAGAGAGUAGGAGAGAGCACAGGGGUCAGAAGUGAAGCUAGGAAAACAGAAAUACUGACCUCCGACGACAGACAUCUCGACUAGAAGUCUUUAACAACGUUGAAUCAUUUUCUUUUAGUACUUCUGAAUCCAGCACUUGAGUGUUUAAUGGUUAUGGAUGAGAAGACUGCACUGGCCCUAUAGCAGGACAGCCUCCAUGCUGUGUAACAUUCUUGAGCCAGAGCUCAGGAUGACUUGCUUCCAGACAUCUAGCCAAUAGAAGCUGCAGCUCACACAAGGAAUAUCUGCACCCAAGUCAAAGAGAGCAGCAGUCUUAGCAAUGGGACUUACCAACUGCAAGGACUGUUUAAUGGAAUCAGGAUCCGUUUGGCUUCCUGGGAUUUCAAUAACUUAUUGCCUCGUGGCAUUUCUUAAUUAGCAAGCUUUGGUCGUGUUGCUCCGGUUCCUUGGCUGGUGCAACAUUCAUCGAGUUAGAAUCCAGACCCCAGCUACACUCCAAUAACUCAUUACUGCUACAAACUGCAGACCAGCUACACAAGAACUCGUUACCCUUGUGCUGCCCCGCUGUGACCAGCAGCAAGGGGAGCGCUGGCAGUCUCAGUCCGUGCUGCCCCGCUGUGACCAGCAGCAAGGGGAGCGCUGGCAGUCUCAGUCCGUGCUGCCCCGCUGUGACCAGCAGCAAGGGGAGCGCUGGCAGUCUCAGUCCGUGCUGCCCCGCUGUGACCAGCAGCAAGGGGAGCGCUGGCAGUCUCAGUCCGUGCUGCCCCGCUGUGACCACCGGCAGUCUCAGUCCAUGCUGCUGCCCCGCUGUGACCACCGGCAGUCUCAGUCCGUGCUGCUGCCCCGCUGUGACCAGCAGCAAAGCCAGGGGAAUGGUGGCCAGCUUUAUCUCUCCGCUAUGUUAUGUAUGUAAACUACCUUGUUUGUUGUGACCCAGGGGCUUGUACACUCGCUGCUUAGUAUCCUGAUGUACGAAGAGGCUUCUUGUAAAGACUGCUGUAAGAUUAUCUCCCCGCUUCUUUCCCUUUGCUAUGUAAUACACUCAUUAAACAUGGAACUUUAUCUGUAUGUAAUAAACAUAUUCAUGUUAUGAAA